AUGUCCACAUCCAGCCAGAAACCGUCGGCCUUGACCUUUGACCUCAAAGCGAGAUGUUCGACAUCCAAGGCUCGAGCCUCGAUCCUCCAUCUGCCCCAUGGCCCUGUCGAGUUGCCCAUGUUCAUGCCAGUCGCGACACAGGCGUCCUUGAAAGGCCUAACGCCAGAACAAUUGGAAGAGACGGGAUGCAGGCUCUGCCUGAACAAUACAUACCACUUGGGGUUGAAGCCGGGACAAGCCGUUCUGGACACGAUUGGUGGCGCUCACAAACUACAAGGGUGGAACUACAAUAUCUUGACUGAUAGUGGCGGUUUCCAAAUGGUCUCGUUGCUCAAGUUGGCCAAGAUCACGGAGGAGGGUGUGCGGUUUUUGAGUCCGCAUGAUGGCAGUCCUAUGUUACUCACUCCGGAACAUUCCAUGGCCCUGCAGAACUCGAUCGGAUCAGAUAUCAUGAUGCAAUUGGACGAUGUCAUUCAGACGACGUCGCCGGACCGCGCGCGCAUGCAGGAGGCUAUGGAACGGUCGGUACGCUGGCUUGAUCGGUGUAUCGUUGCGCACAAGUAUCCCGAGAAACAGAAUCUGUUCUGCAUUAUCCAGGGUGGUCUGGACCUCGAAUUGCGCCGGCAGUGCUGCGAGGAGAUGGUGCAGAGGGAUACACCUGGAAUUGCCAUUGGUGGGCUUUCGGGUGGUGAGGCCAAGUCGGAUUUUUGUCGAGUGGUGGAUACGUGUACGGGCCUACUACCCGAGAAGAAACCGCGAUAUGUCAUGGGCAUUGGCUACCCCGAGGAUAUCGUUGUGGCUGUCGCCCUGGGCGCGGACAUGUUUGACUGUGUAUGGCCGACGAGGACGGCGCGCUUCGGCAACGCCAUCACAUCCCGCGGCGUGCUCAAUCUCAAACACUCGCGGUACAGCCAGGAUUUUGGUCCCGUUGAACAGGGCUGUACCUGUACGUGCUGUCGAUCGAAAGAGGACGGCGGUCUGGGCAUCACGAGGGCUUUUAUAUACCAUCUUGCGGCCAAGGAGACUGUUGGGGCACAUUUGUUGACCAUGCACAACGUGCAGCAUUUGCUGUCAUUGAUGGGGCGCAUAAGGAACGCGAUUCUGGAAGACCGGUUCCCUGAAUUCAUUAAGGGCUUCUUUGCAAUGUACUUUGAAGGCAAGGGUACUCCCGAGUGGGCGAUUGAGGCACUGAAAAUGGUGGAUAUUGAGAUCUGA